AUGCGAGCGAUUCCAAUUAUCUCCCCCGAGGACACCACGAAUUGCAAGGUGCUGGAGGUAGCAGGCGAUGGUCAUUGCGCUCUGCACGGCAUCUACAGGCUGCUGCACCCCGAGCGAGAUAGCGUCUUCGGUGCACUAGCAAGCGAGAUAACACAGACCCGCAAAGAUGUCGGCCUGGAAAUGAUAACUGCUGUUUUCUCUGAGGACUACGAGCAGCUAGUGGACAAGACGGUGUCUGACGAGGAAAUGCUGAGACUUGGCAAGCUCGACUACGAGAGGGGUUUCUACCGAAAGCGCACCCCCUCCGCCGGCCGAGCUGCAAGAGCUGUAGGACACAAACCACUCAAGACUGUGCGAGAGGUGGUGGCGGGCAUCGAGGAUCAACUGGAGCACGAUUACUUGGCGAUAGGUCAGCUGGCGUUAGUAGCUGCGGUGAAACGUUGCAAUAUCGUGGUCUGGGAAGCAAAAACUGGAGGUGGGCUUCGAAUCGUGGAAAUGGGCGACACCACGGGCUGUUUCGUUGGCGAUCUUUAUCAGGAUGAGUUCUGCACCUGGUUGCGCAACCCAAGCAGCAGCAACGUGGCGGAAACAACAUUCAACCACUUUAGCGCCAUCUUUAUCCCACAAGAAUCCGUCCCAUGGGCAAAGCCAUACAUGCUACAACGGGGAUCCUCUGGUCGAUCUGUGUUUGGGCACGAGAAGCCUCCAGACAAUUUUUGCCCGUGCCCAACCACAUCGGACGAGCGUCCGAUGAAACAUCAGGGCUCUCCCGUGCCGAUCGACGUGGAUGACGAGACCGAGACAAGCAGCAGCGUGCGAUCGCGACCUUCUGCUGGAGGUGCCGGGCCCGUCAAAACGGCGUCACCCAGGGAUGUACCGGAGAGGAAGGCGACGCCGCCUGGGAAAGCGGUGACGAAGCCCGCGGUAGUUCCUUUCGCGAGCGGCAUGUCGGUAACGACCAGGUCGAAGGAGAAGCCCAUGCCGAAGGAGAAACCACUCGAGCUCUACAGCAGCAAGCCCUGUGGGGCCGAAGCGAAAUCUCCCUGCGGGGGUGAUGACGAAGCGGAGUACGAACAGGAGCCUGAGGGGGACGACGACAUGAGUGACGGCGGUAGUGAGGGCGAGUUUCCGGGGGACGCAGCAGACUACGACCAGGAUGUGUUCGUGAGUGGCAAGAGCCCUCAGCAGGUCAAGGCGAUGGUGGACAAGAUACAGGAGGCCUGGGGAAAGGAGGCACUGACUUUCAUCUUUGGGUUGGCGCAAAACACCAAGCAACUCGUGCAAGACCGCAACGUAAGGAUGGGCGCAUUUUUUUUUCGGUGA